AUGGCCGGUAAAGGAUCAGAUGCACUUCGAGCUGCUUAUGUAAAUUUCUUGAGUGAAAACUCCAAUACCUAUAUUUUGUCUGACCUGGAACUCGAUCCCAGGACCCCAGAUCUGCAGCCUUUAGCACCAGCAUUAGUUAGCCAAUUGACCAACAAGACAUUUAUGUAUGGUAGAUGCCUACCUGCUAAUAGUUUAGAUUUCCGAGCCUAUUGCCCAAAACAAAGUGUCGAGAAAAUG